AUGUUGGGGGCCGAAGACCUCGACGGCGUCCACGAAGACCUCGAUGAACGCCCGUUCCGCCAGGAGAAGGUGAACCGGGUGCCGACCAAGGCACUGUUGAAGCCGCCAAAGAACCCGAAAUCGAUGAUCGCGGAUCCCGACGAGGACCAAGAGCUCUACUGA